AUGGUCCUGAAGCCUCAUGAUAAAAGUGAAAUCGAUAAUGAACGAUUAUUAUCAGUUGCGUCCUGUAUAAUUAGAGAUCGUCUUUAUUUCCUAUCUUGCAAAACUCCACCAAGAAGUAAUUCUUCCAUUCACUUCUUUUCCAUUGAUGAAGAAUUAUGCUAUGAAAAUUUUUAUGCAGAUUUCGGUCCACUGAGUCUUGGUCAACUAUACAAAUACUGUAAUAAACUGAACAAAAAGCUCAAGUCUGGUAGUUUAAAAGAAAAGAAAAUUGCACACUUUACAUCACAUGACUCACGUAAACGAGCGAAUGCUGCAUUUCUCAUUGGAAGUUAUCAGAUCAUAUAUUUGGGACGCACACCAGAAGAAGCGUAUAAAAAUUUAACUUUAAAUGAUAAUCGACCAUUUCUCCCUUUUCGAGAUGCCUCUUUUGGUGCAUCUACUUAUCACUUAACAUUGUUGGAUUGUUUAUUUGCUGUCAAUAAACUCUUCACACAAGCAAUAUAG